CCCCGCUGCGUCAUCCGCCCGCCCCAAUGCUCUUCACCCCCGGCUCUUUUCUCCCGCCCUUCCUCCGUCACCUCACUUCCGCUUCCGGGUCGCUCCAUGGCCGUGGGCCCGGCGGCAGGGAACAACCGUCCCUGCGCCACGAUCUUUUCUUCUUCCUCCUUCUCGGUGCCCGGUGGGAGCCCUCUCCCCCGGCUCGGCGGCAGCGGGGUGACACCAGGAUGUGGCACGAAGCCCGCAAACACGAACGCAAGCUGCGGGGGAUGAUGGUGGACUACAAGAAACGAGCGGAACGUCGCAGGGAGUACUACGAGAAGAUCAAAAAGGACCCAGCCCAGUUUCUCCAGGUCCAUGGCCGGGCCUGCAAGGUCCACCUGGACUCGGCCGUCGCGUUGGCCGCCGAAAGCCCCGUCAACAUGAUGCCCUGGCAGGGCGACACAAACAACAUGAUCGAUCGCUUCGACGUGCGGGCGCACCUGGACUACAUCCCCAUGUACACCCCGCCCCUGCUGAACCCCAUCUCUCCCGAGCAGGAGUCUGAUGAGAGAAAGUGCAACUACGAGCGGUACCGAGGCCUGGUGCAGAACGAUUUUGCCGGCAUCUCGGAGGAGCAGUGUCUCUACCAGAUCUACAUCGACGAGCUCUACGGGGGACUCCAGAAGCCGAACGAAGAUGAAAAAAAGAAGCUGGCGGAGAAAAAGGCUUCCAUCGGCUACACGUACGAGGACAGCACCGUGGCUGAGCUCGAGAACUCCUUGGAGAAGCGGGGAGAGGAGGAAGACUCCGAGGAAGACAGCAACACGGAUGAAGACGAAGUCAUUCCCGAUAUCGAUGUGGAGGUGGACGUGGAUGAGCUGAACCAGGAGCAGGUGGCCGACCUGAACAAGCAGGCGACCACGUACGGCAUGGCGGAGGGCGACUUUGUCAGGAUGUUGCGGAAGGACAAAGAGGAGGCGGAAGCUAUUAAAAACGCCAAAGCCCUGGAAGAGGAAAAAGCGAUGUAUUCGGGCCGUCGCUCUCGCCGCCAGCGGAGGGAGUUCAGGGAGAAACGCUUGAAAGGGAGGAAAAUCAGCCCGCCCAGCUACGCGCGGAGGGACAGCCCCACCUACGAUCCCUACAAACGCUCCCCCUCGGAGUCCACCUCCGAAUCCCGCUCCCGUUCCCGUACCCCGUCUCCCGGCCACGAGGAGAAGAUCACCUUCAUCACCAGUUUCGGCGGCAGCGACGAGGAAGCAGCAGCGGCAUCUGCGCAAGCCGGCGGCGUCCCCGGAAAAGCCAGCUCGCUCGGCAAACAGCGCUCCGCCCCAGGGCAACCGGGCAGCGCCGCGGCAGGUCAUAGCACCUCGUCCCGGUCGGUAACUCUCCCGAGACGCUCUUCAUCCUCUUCCACCUCCCCAUCCUCCUCCUCGUCCUCUAGCUCCCGCUCCAGCUCCCGCUCGCACCGAGGCGGCGGCUACCACCGCUCCAGCCGCUACUGCCGCUCCCGCAGCCACCGGUACUCACGCUCCCGUAGCCGUAGCCGCCGUUAUUCGGGAGGGGGUUCGCGGGACAGCCGGCGCCGCUCCAGAUCCUAUUCCCCCGACCGGGGGUAUCGCUACAGCUCCCGCCGCCGCUCCAGGAGCCGUUCCAGGUCCGGGGAGCGCUACCGGCGAGGCGGCAGGUCCAGCCGACACUGGAGCAGCAGCCGGAGCAGCCGAAGCCCCAGCGAUUCGCGGAGCCGCAGCAAGUCGGCGUCUCCGGUGCGAGAGAAACCGCCGAGGCCCGCGGCGUCGCCCGCCGUGGGGGAGAAACUGAAAAAGGCUGACACUGCUGCUGGUAAAGAGACAGGAGCUGCCAAACCCAAGCUGACGCCGCAGGAGAAGCUGAAGCUGCGCAUGCAGAAAGCGCUGAACCGGCAGUUUAAAGCCGAUAAAAAGGCAGCGCAGGAAAAAAUGCUGCAACAGGAGCACGAGAGACAGGAGCGGGAGGACGAGCUGCGGGCCAUGGCCCGGAAGAUCCGCAUGAAGGAGAGAGAGCGCCGAGAGAAGGAGCGGGAGGAGUGGGAGAGGCAGUACAGCCGGCAGAGCCGGUCCCCGUCACCGCGUUACGGUCGGGAAUACAGCUCCUCCCGAAGGCGGUCCCGCUCCCGGUCCCGGAGCCCUCACUACCGGCACUGACGGGGACGGCGCUGGUUCUGCUGAUGGCAAAUAAAGACGGAAAACCCAAA